ACGCUCCAGUAUAUAUGGCAGAAGGUUCGACCCUGCAUCAAAGUAUUUUGUUAGCCAUAAAGGAUAAUAUAUCCGACAACGAAAUUGAAGGAGACAAUUUACUAAUAGUCAAUAUAGUCAAAGGUAUAACAUCCUCCGCAGCAACUCGCUCACACUAUCCAAGACAUUCAGAAACUUCUCACGCAAUUUUCAUUCCUGGUCCAUUAGACAUAUUUUUCGUGAAGCAAACCAGACGACAUAUUGGAUUAUCAAUAUCGAUCAUUUAGUCUCCUCUGAUUUCAUUGUAAACCCCUCUCCCGAAUCAACCCUCCAUACCAUCAUUGUAAAUGAUAAAUUAGGAAUGGGCCUCCUAAUAACUCCCUCCUCUACUUACCUUUCAAAAAAAAAAUAAAAAAAAAUAGGGCAUGCAUAUCUUCCAAGAGUGGAAAGCCGUAGUAGAGAGUAGAGAAGUAGAGAGUAGAGAGAAUUUGAUAAUGGAGGAAGAGGAAGGUCUCCACCAACACCACCUUCCUCACGAUUUAAUUUCACACCACAUUUUAACAAAGCUACCCAUCAAAUCUGUACUUCGUUUCAAAUCUGUUUCUAAACUAUGGUAUUCCACUCUCUCUUCUUCUCAAUUUGCUCUUACUUUUUCUAAAUUAUCUUCAUCUUUUCACCCCACUUCCCCAAUUCAAUUUCUGUUCAUUCAAAAUGAUUACACUUAUUACCUAUAUUCUUAUGAUGAUGAUGAUGAAAAUAUUACUUCAUAUACUAGCUUCAAGAAUUUACAAGAAUUAGGGUCUACAGAUAACAAAUAUAUUCUCGUAGGCUCAUGUAAUGGAUUGAUAUGCUUAGCUUCUUCUUUUGGUAAUUUCAUCAUUUUAUGGAACCCAGUUACUGGAAAAUCUCAAGAAUACUUAGACCAUAAACUUGUAAUAGAUUCGUCUCGCCCUUUUCGGGUUUCGUGGGGAUUCGGUUACGUUUCCGGUGUAGAUGAUUAUAAGGUUAUUAGAAUAAUUGAAUUGGGUGCUACCCUAAAAUUUAGGGUUCAUGUGUUUUCAUUGAAAUCAAACAAGUGGGAAAGAAUUGCUCAUGAACUUUACCAAGAUAUCUUCUCAUUGAAGUGUACUAGUUAUGAGAGAUAUGAAUUUAAUUCUAAUGAUUUUGAGUUAUGGUUUCCUUUCUCAUUCCAAUCUAUACAAGGAGUUUUGGUUAAUGAGACUUUAUAUUGGAUUGUAUCUAAGGCUAAUGAUCAGGGUAAGCAAGUUGUUUCAUUUGAUUUGGUUUCUGACAAGUUUGACACAGUUGUGGACUUGAAUUUGAUUUCAAAUUUCGCUUAUGAAGAUAAGUUUUUGUGUGUCAUGGGAGGGUGUUUGUCCAAGUGUGGGGUUAACAGGUAUGAUGAUGUUUUUAUAAACAUGUUCAAGUGUCCGGGGGAGGUGGAAACUAUAAGUGUUAGCAGAGACUUGGGCUUGUAUUUUUGCCAAAACUGUGUUGGAUUCACAAGGACUGGAAAGUUUUUCAUCCUGUUGGAUAAUUCAAUACUUGGACUUAUUGACCCAAGUUCAGAUUUGAUGAUGUACGAAAGACUUGUAAAUUUUGAUGUCUCAAGAAACUCUCAUGUUGCUAGUUAUGUUCCGAGUUUAACUUUACCCUACACCGUUGCGGAGUAAUCAGGGACUUAUCUCGUAUGAGAUCAUCUACUAUCGCAUCCUGAACAUGAUAUAUUAUGGAUCUCAUUUUUCCCUUCAAAGACAUUAAGCAUAACCGAGGGAAUAUGUUCCGAUAGGUCUGGCAGUGAUGAGGUUUGUCAGUGAUGAUGCCAACUCCCGUAUCACUAUCCGAAUUGCAACCGCAAAGGAAGGACAUUUUGCUGCGGGAGGAGGGAAAAUAAGUCUAAUAUUUCAAAAUGAUGGUUUGAUUUGCUAAAUAGGGUAGAUAGUAUGCAAAAUUGCAAAUGUUAACAUUUCAGAGAAAUGUUUCAAACUGAUGCUUGGAUAAGCACUCAUUAAAAGGCAUACUGUUUGCUUCUGCAAUACUUAUGCUUCAUGUUCUCAAGUUCUUUCUUAGCACCAUCAAUGUUGGAUAUAAGAAGACAAUCCUUCAUGAUUGCUACUUAUGCUUUA